CAGGACGAAGACUCUUCAGAUCCGCGAAACUCACGUCGGUAAAUUCGUAAGUGAUAUUGUUGUGAUGUCGUGGUUGUGGGCCUUCUGAUCGUCAGUAAGUGCGGCAAGUUCUGUUUGCCGCUGCCAGGACGCUUUUUGCACUUCCAUCCCUAAACUAACCACACAAGAUGUCGUCGGUCAAGGUAGCUGUGAGGGUUCGUCCCUUCAACAACAGGGAGGUGUCCAGGGAGAGCAAAUGCAUCAUUGAAAUGAAUGGCUACACUACCACCAUAACAAACCCAAAAGCACCACCAAACACAAAAGAUGCAAUCAAAAGCUUCAACUAUGACUACUCAUACUGGUCCCAUGAUACCACCGAUCCCAAUUUUUCAUCACAAAUUAUGGUUUACAAAGACAUUGGAGAGGAGAUGCUGGAACACGCUUUUGAAGGCUACAACGUGUGUAUCUUCGCAUAUGGUCAGACAGGAGCUGGCAAGUCAUACACUAUGAUGGGACGGCAGGAGGUGGAGGGGGAGGAGGGAAUCAUCCCUCAGAUAUGUGAAGACUUGUUCAAGAGGAUACAGAAAACCACAUGUGACGAGCUCAAAUACUCUGUAGAGGUAAGCUACAUGGAGAUCUACUGUGAGAGGGUACGAGAUCUGUUGAACCCCAAGAACAAGGGAAACCUGAGAGUGAGAGAGCAUCCACUGCUCGGCCCUUAUGUAGAAGAUCUGUCUAAACUAGCUGUCACAUCAUACCAGGAUAUCCACGAUCUCAUAGACGAGGGAAACAAGGCUAGAACUGUGGCCGCCACUAACAUGAACGAGACGUCAAGCAGAUCACAUGCAGUUUUCACCAUAUUCUUCACCCAACAGAGGUUUGACAAGAUGACCGAGCUUACGACAGAGAAGGUCAGCAAGAUCUCGCUGGUAGACCUGGCUGGGUCGGAGAGAGCCGACUCUACGGGGGCGAAGGGGACGAGACUGAAAGAGGGGGCAAACAUCAACAAGAGUCUGACCACUUUGGGCAAAGUCAUAUCUGCAUUGGCAGAAGCUAUGAAAAACAAGAAAAAAGGAAAGGAAAACUUUAUUCCCUACCGGGAUUCCGUGCUGACUUGGCUUCUGAGAGAAAACCUUGGAGGGAAUUCCAAGACUGCAAUGAUAGCAGCUAUCAGCCCUGCUGACAUCAACUAUGACGAGACCCUCUCUACUCUUAGGUAUGCCGACCGCGCUAAACAGAUUGUAUGUAAGGCAGUGGUGAACGAAGAUGCCAACGCCAAGUUAAUCAGGGAACUGAAGGAGGAGAUUCAACGGCUCAGAGACAUGCUGAAGGCGGAAGGCAUUGAAGUACAAGAAGGGCCAGAUGGUAAAGUCGUUUAUGAAAAGGCUAAAGAGAAUAGGGAGGAAGGUUUAAAGGUUAUGAAAGGCGAGAAUGGGACCAAAGAGAUGGUACAAGCAUCAAUUAACGCUGAAGACACAGUGGACAGACUACAGGCCAGCGAAAAGCUGAUCGCAGAACUUAACGAGACGUGGGAGGACAAAUUGAAGAAGACGGAGAUCAUCCGUAUCCAGAGGGAGGCGGUGUUUGCAGAAAUGGGAGUGGCAGUAAAGGAGGACGGCAUGACAGUGGGAGUGUUCUCCCCUAAAAAGACUCCACAUCUGGUGAACCUCAACGAGGACCCGCUCAUGUCGGAGUGUCUGUUGUAUUACAUCAAGGAUGGCGUGACUCGUGUCGGCUCGGGCUCGUCCAACAUCACUCAGGACAUCCAGCUCAGCGGGCCGCACAUACAGAACGAGCAUUGUACAUUUGAGAACAAGGAAAGCGUGGUGACACUUCAACCAUUGUCUGGGGCUCUAAUCUACGUCAACGGCCGUCAAGUCAGCGAGCCAGUCGUACUUAAACACGGCUCUCGCGUCAUCUUGGGCAAAAACCAUGUGUUCCGCUUCAACCAUCCUGACCAGGCUCGAGAAAGGAGAGAAAACAAAAUCAAUGAAUUAAACUCAGAAGAAAUAAAAGAAGACAAAAUUAAAGAGAAAUCGCCAGCGGAGACACCCAACAACGGAGAGACCGUGGAUUGGAACUUUGCCCAGAUCGAGCUGCUGGAGAAGCAAGGCAUUGACCUGCGAGAGGAGAUGCAGAAGCGGCUGGCCACGUUGGAGGAGCAGUUCCGUAAAGAGAAGGAGUCAGCUGAUCAGGCCUUCGAGGAACAGAGGAAGAACUACGAAGCAAGGAUUGAUGCGCUACAAAAACAAGUUGAAGAACAAAGUUUGACCAUGUCAAUGAUCAGCUCUUAUACCCCAGAAGAUUUCAGCAAUGAAGAUGGUAUAUUUGUCAAUCCACUAUUUGAAGCCACCUGUAACUGGACUGAUCGAGAGUACCAGUUAGCUUCUUGGGCUUACCGCAAGUGGAAGUUCCAUCAGUUCACAUCCUUGCGAGACGACCUGUGGGGGAAUGCAAUAUUCCUCAAGGAGGCGAAUGCUAUUUCUGUAGAACUCAAGAAAAGGGUGCAAUUCCAAUUCACACUGCUCACCGACACACUCUACUCCCCUCUACCUCCAGACAUGAUUCCAGUGGCCGAGGAUGAGGCGGAGGAGGAGGAGAGGCCGUUCCCUCGAACCAUUGUUGCCGUCGAGGUCCUUGACACCAAGAACGGGGCGACUCAUUACUGGACCCUCGAGAAACUCAGACAUCGGUUGGAAAAGAUGCGCCAAAUUUACAAUGAGGAUCUUGAUAGCCCCGACACACCUGAACAACUUAUCAAGGAGGACUUUAUCCAAUGCCUUUCAUUCUGUGCCCAUCAGAAGCACUCACUAUCCAAUCUUGUCCCCUCGAGGCAGAGGCUAGAGUUGAUGCGAGAGAUGUAUCUGAACGAGGCUGAGUUGUCCCCCACCAGCCCCGACUACAACAUCGAGUCUCUCACCGGGGGAGAUCCCUUCUACGACCGAUUCCCGUGGUUCCGCAUGGUGGGAAGGUCGUUUGUGUACCUGAGUAACCUAAUGUAUCCCGUUCCACUGAUACACAAAGUCGCCAUUGUUAACGAGAAAGGAGAUGUCAAGGGAUAUCUGCGUAUUGCUGUGCAAGCUGUCAAUGACGAGGAGAGUGGUGAACACAUAAGCGGAGUGAGGCAGUCGGCCAAGAUAACAUUUGACGACGACUACUUGUUCGGCCACUACCGGAACAAGAAGGCGAUACAAGCGGAGGAGAGAGUGGUGGAAGGACACGCACACCAUGAAAAGCUUGAAGGAGACCUGGAGUGUGACGCAGACAGUGGCCGAGGAGACAGUUCUGUGUGCUCGGAGGCUAAGGAGGAAGAGUUGCCUCCACACCUCACAGUCAACAACGAGUUCACCUUCCGAGUCACUGUACUUCAGGCGAUAGGGGUCUCCACGGAGUACGCCGACAUCUUCUGUCAGUUCAACUUCCUCCACAGACAUGAUGAGGCAUUUUCUACCGAACCUGUCAAAAACACUGGAAAAGGAACACCACUUGGAUUUUAUCAUGUUCAAAAUAUCACUGUGUCAGUCACCAAGUCGUUUGUGGAGUAUAUCAAAACACAGCCGAUAGUGUUUGAAGUUUUUGGACAUUAUCAGCAACACCCGCUACACAGGGAUGCCAAGCAAGAAGGCCAUGUUCGCCAGCCUCCCAAGAGGAUGUUACCACCGUCUAUCCCCAUUAGUCAGCCCGUCAGGUCUCCCAAGUUUGGAGUGUUACCAUCUCCUUGCACUUCCCACGUACACGCCAAGUAUGACGUUCUCGUCUGGUUUGAAAUCUGUGAGCUCGCGCCCAACGGUGAGUACGUGCCAGCCGUGGUGGAUCACAGUGAUGAUUUGCCGUGCCGAGGGUUGUUCCUGCUUCACCAAGGAAUACAGAGGCGUAUCCGCAUCACCAUCGUCCACGAACACGCUCCAGAACUGCGCUGGAAGGAUGUACGGGAACUGGUCGUUGGUCGUAUCCGGAACACUCCUGAGCCAGAGGAAGAGGACAACGACAGCUCCGUGUUGUCCUUAGGGUUGUUCCCCGGAGAGCUGGUAGAGAUCCCAGGUGAUGACCGGGUCAUGUUCCGGUUCGAGGCAGCCUGGGACUCCUCCCUACACAACUCCCCUAUGCUCAACAGAGUGUCAGCCUACGGAGAGCAGAUUUUUAUGACCAUCUCCGCAUAUAUGGAGUUGGAGAAUUGCGGCCGGCCAGCCAUAGUCACAAAGGACCUGAGUAUGAUCAUCUACGGGCGAGACGCACGUGUCGGGCCACGCUCUCUCAAACACCUGUUCUCCGGUAACUACCGCAACGCCGAGGCUAACCGUCUUUCCGGCGUGUACGAGCUGGUGCUGAAGCGGGCGUCUGAAGCAGGUAGUCCAGGCGUACAGAGAAGACAGAGGCGAGUGUUGGACACGAGCUCCACGUACGUGCGAGGGGAGGAGAACCUACACGGGUGGAGGCCGAGGGGAGACAGCCUCAUCUUCGACCACCAGUGGGAGCUGGAGAAACUCACUAGACUACAGGAGGUGGAGAAAGUACGACACACACUUCUGCUGAGGGAGCGACUGGGAGUGGACAAGGGACCCAUCACCAAGUCUGAGAAGGAGGUAUGCAACAUGGUGGCGAAAGCCAGCACGGAGAGCCGAGGCAGUCCUAUCAAGAUCCGCAGAGGCAGUUCCAGCGUGAGUGUGAGGAAGGACUCGGAGGACGUGUACGCUCCGUGGGAGAUGACGGAUAGGGAGAGGGAGCUGACUUCCAAGUGUGUCAAGUUGAUACAAGGAAGGAUCCCUUGCAAGGAACCUGUCAAACACGAGGACGUUUCUCCAGGAGAGGAGAUGAUGGACAUGAACACAAGUGUUAUCACUUCUCCAACUACUCAUGAUGCUCUAUCCAAGCUUAUCUCGCCGGAGCGUGUGACACGGCCUGCGCUGCCCGAACACCUCAGUCUGCUGACGGAAAGUUGCGUGUCAGGUCAGAGUGUUGCGCGCAGUGAGGACCAGACGCUCGUGUUGUACGUGCCCGAGGUCGAGGAAAUACGCAUCAGCCCCGUGGUUGCGCGCAAGGGCUACCUCAACGUACUGGAGCAGAAGACCAACGGAUGGAAGAAGCGAUGGGUGACUGUCCGAAGGCCGUAUGUGUUUAUUUUCCGAGAUGAGAAGGACCCUGUAGAGCGAGCCCUCAUCAACUUGGCGACAGCUCAGGUUGAGUACUCGGAGGACCAACAGGCCAUGGUCAAGGUCCCAAACACAUUCAGUGUGGUUACAAAACAUCGCGGUUACCUGAUGCAGACUUUGGGAGACAAGGAAGUUCACGACUGGCUCUACGCUAUCAACCCACUUCUGGCCGGACAGAUCAGGUCCAAACUCGCACGACGCCCGACCCUCCCAGUAAACCCCUCCAACCAGACGCCAGAACUCGUCAAGUGAUUUCAUUCCCUCAUCCAACAUUACCUAGUUACUCUAGGCUCUCGUCCGAGAGCGUGUUAAGUUGUAUUUUGCAGCAUUUAAAUGUUAUGCACAGUAUUAAUUUUAUAAAUGUUAUUUUGUCACUUAUUUUGCUACUGUAGCUAUGUAUAUUGAAAGAAUUUGGGUUGUGAACUAGCUUGAGCUUUUGCAAGUUUGAAAUGUAUAUUUAUAUUUCAGAAAGGUUUUUGUUUUGUAACCGUAUCGAUAGAACAGAUAUUGUUUACGUACCAAAUCAAACGGGCCGAUCUCCAACUGGCUCGACUAUUCAUGUUAGGUGUAACUUGUCUAGUGUACUUUACUCAUUCGUAUUGUUGAUAUUAGAUACCGUUUAGUUUUGUUUGCUAAAGAACUCGUGUAUUUCUAAAGUGUUAACACCAAUUUUAUUACGGUUCUGAUAAUUUCUCGUACUUUCCUUUACGGAUGAACCAAUGUGGUCUGUACUUGAAUUCCUAGUUGUGAUUAACUCGUUCUCUCACUGUUCAAGCUGUUUCAAAAUAUUGUACAAUAAUCUAUAUUUGUGACAGUAUUUUGGAUAUCAACAUUAGUCGUAAAUUGAAAGGUUCUCAACGUAUAACAGAUUAUAUUAUUUUUAAAGUCUUGUCUUGGGUGAUAUUAUGUUUUCCUGCUCAUGAUAUUUGUGUAUAACAUUUUCCUGUUAGUAAUUCGUUUAGAAUUUUCGUUUUGUGUUUUGCCACACCCUAAAAAGUGCAAAAUAUCUACUUAAAGCCUAAAAGUAUGAAAUGUAUAAACCAAAACUUGGAAAGCAAGACAUGCAAUGUUAUGCUCAAUUGCGCUUAAGCCAAAUGUAGGAAUGCUUGAAUCUACUCACUAGUUUCUUCACUCAAUUAUUUGAGUUUACAACAUUCAAGCUGGAUUACAAAGACGUGAUUUACUAGUUUAUUUGUACCAUUUUAUUUUCCAAAAUUUAUUUUAAUGUUAUCGUUAUGCUGAAAAAAAUUUUUAUUUUUAUUUUUGCAGUCCAAAGUAGACUAAAAUGAUCAAAUGAACAGUAGCAAUCGUGGCAGAGGGAAAUCAACAGUUAUUUUAUUAUCGUGGAUAAGUUCUAAGGAAUGUACAAUUAAAACCUUGAUUGAUGCAUUUCAAAAUACUUGCCACUUUUCCAUACACAGUAUGGCAAGUCUUUCAAGGGGAUGAUUUUAUUCACUAUUGAAGUAGUCAAAGUUUUAAAUGAAUUAUCUAUAGUCAGUUCAAGUUUUUACAUUAUAAUUCUUGUUUCUAAAUGUUACAGUUUCUUUUUGUACUUUUAAGUGGAUACUUUUUUCUGCAGGUUAUGCCAAUGAACAUAAAAAACUGUGCAAUCCAAGAAACAACUUCAUUUCUAGUCAUAUUUAAACUCUUAUAAUUUUUUUUUAAGAUAUCAACUUUGUGAUGUGUAGGCCUACACAGUCAAAUAUUUAAAAAAGCAAGAGUUUAAAUUAUAAUCUUUUACUCAAACAAGCAACUGUGUAAAUGGGGUGCUUUGCUAAUCUAAAGUUCACCCACAUUUCACUGAGUUGCUAUUUUUCAACUUUUUAUAAGAUGUUUGCUUUUGGUUUUAAUUGUUUAUUACUAUAAUGUAUAUGUAGGUAGCGAAGCACUACCAAAUCUCACCCUCGUAUUUUUUUCUGCAUAGGAAAGAACGCAAUGUGACGGCUGUAGUUUAUUUUUAUUUGUAAUGUUGUGAUAAACUCUUUUUGAUUAUUAGGUUAGUUAAACAAGCUUUAAUAAUUGUAAAUUAAUUUAUUCAGUGUGCCUCUAUCAACUUGUUUGCAUCAGGAAAUAAACCAUGCAUUCCAUAAGUACAUGUGUUAUAAAAACGUAAAUAUUUACUCAAAGUAUAAGGUUGUUGUAUUAAAAUACAAUGUGCUUUCGAGUUUUAAGUAUUAUAUCUUAAAACAAAACUACUCUUACCAAAAUAUAGACGUAAAUUGUAAUUCUAUUUGUAUUUAAUUUAAUUUGUAGUAAAGUAUUCAUUCCAUCUUAGUCUGUAUUUAAAUUACUUCAAAAACUUGAAAAACCAAAGAUGUUAAAGAUGAACGUUCUUUGUCUAGAUAAAAUCAUUUAGAAUGAUAUGUGAAAAGAGCUACCUGUUUUAGACAAACCUUGCUUUAAUAUUUCAAUAUAAUCAAAUUGUAAGUAAUAUUUCAUGAUUUUUAAUCUAUUUAGACAAUAUAAAUUUUGAAAAUUUGAUGCGCUAUUUUUAUAUUUAACAUAAGGUGUGGCGUAUACUAACCUUUUUAAAAAAGUGUACCUUUGAAAAGCUUUUACUUUUCCUUAUUAGAAAAGUCUCAAAAUAUAUGUUACUCGUAUCUCAUUUUCUAACUUAAAAUUCCAUCAAGAUCAAUGUUAGUGUGAAAUCAAUACUGUUAUUUUGUUAAUAUAACAUUGAUAAUACUCUUGGUCAAGUAUGUAUUAUUUAAUUAGAUGUAACAAUAUUUUCUUACUAAAGUGUAACAUUCCAGUUAUCCAAAAAUUUGCUGUAAAUUUUCUUUUAUUGUGUUAUGAAAUUUGAUGUUACGUUAAAUCAUUACAGAUUAAUUGUCUAACCGAUUAUGGUGCAAUUUAUUAUCAAUUUUUGUGAUAUUUUUUCUAGUCAUUUCGUUUUGGUGCCAAUCAAAUUAAAAUUUUAGUUUGGAGUUGUCUCUCAAAAUUAGUUUCUCAAAUUCUGUGCCAUAUUAUUACCAAGUGACCUUUUAUUUGUAUUGAGUUAAAAAUGGAAUCCAUAUUUUGCCAAUAUCCAUUAUCUAAUAUGAUAUUCCAGUUCCAUUAUAAUAUUUUCCAACCAACAUGUAAUUAAUAUCAUCAAGAAUUUCUUGAAAAAAACUUUAUAUUUCCCAGUAAAAUCAUUAGUUUUGAAUAAAAUUGGAACUACAAAAUCAUUACCAAAAAAAGGUCACUGAAAUUGAAUCCUUAAGUUUAAAUCAUAAUUAAAUCAAUCUCCUAUAUUUAUGUAAUUUUUUCCUUGUGAUUCCUGUACCUAGUUUAAUCAGUUGUUAGAAACCAAGUGAUUUAGAGAAUUUAAUUUGUAAUAUUGUAAAUUAUUGAUACUGCUACAAUACUGAAAAUAUGAAUGUAUUAAAUGAA